GCCAGUACAAAGCAGCCAGCCCCAGCUUCCCAAAAGCGCUCGUGCCGACAUGGACUCGUCGGCGAACACCAGGAACAAGGCGUUGACGGAGACGCGUUUCUCCGACCUAGAUCCGCCUCUCUCCGGAGAGAUCCUGGAGGCGCUCGCACAGUCCGGGUUCGAGUUCUGCACUCCGGUUCAGGCCGCGACCAUCCCCUUGCUCUGCAACUACAAGGAUGUUGCCGUCGACGCCGCCACCGGUUCCGGAAAAACCCUAGCUUUCCUCGUCCCUCUCGUCGAAAUCCUCCGUCGCUCCUCUUCUUACCCGCCAAAACCUCACCAGGUCUUGGGGAUAAUUAUAUCACCGACAAGGGAGUUAUCAACACAGAUAUAUAAUGUGGCACAGCCUUUUGUUUCGACUUUGACAAAUGUGAACUCAGUGCUACUUGUUGGAGGCCGAGAAGUGAAGACGGACAUGAAGACCAUAGAAGAAGGAGGAGCCAAUCUUAUGAUCGGUACACCUGGAAGGCUUUACGAUAUAAUGGAACGAAUGGAGAAUCUUGAUUUUCGAAACCUUGAGAUUCUUAUAUUAGAUGAGGCUGAUAGGCUUUUGGAGAUGGGAUUCCAGAAGCAGGUGAAUUAUAUUGUAUCUCGCUUGCCGAAGCUUCGUAGGACUGGCCUUUUUUCAGCCACACAAACAGAAGGUGUAGCAGAGCUGGCUAAGGCCGGGCUUAGAAAUCCCGUGAGGGUUGAAGUUCGAGCUGAGUCGAAAGCAAAUUCAUCUCAACAGUUGGCGAACUCAAAGACCCCUUCCGGUCUUCAUCUCGAGUAUUUAGAAUGUGAAGCAGAUAAGAAAUCAUCGCAGCUUGUGGAUCUCCUCAUCAAGAACAAAACUAAAAAGCUUAUAGUAUACUUCAUGACUUGUGCUUGUGUUGAUUACUGGGGACUCGUUCUUCCACAAAUUCCUUCUCUGAAGUCUUUGUGUUUAAUACCCAUCCAUGGGGAUAUGAAGCAGAAAGCAAGAGAUAAGGCCUUAGCUUCAUUUACAGAUGCAUCUAGCGGUGUCCUUCUAUGCACAGAUGUUGCUGCACGUGGGCUCGAUAUUCCGGGCAUUGAUUGCAUUGUGCAGUAUGAUCCCCCACAAGAUCCAAAUGUAUUCAUCCACAGGGUUGGGAGAACUGCAAGGUUGGGAAGACAAGGAAGUGCCAUAGUGUUUCUAUCGUCCAAGGAGGAAGCCUAUGUAGAGUUCUUACGCAUAAGAAGGGUUCCUCUUCAGGAGAAAAAGUGCAGUGAGGAAGCAUCUGAUGUCACUCCCCUUAUAAGAUCGGCUGCACUGAAGGACCGAGCAGUGAUGGAGAAAGGACUGAAAGCGUUUGUUUCCUACGUUCGUGCUUAUAAAGAGCAUCAUUGCUCUUACAUUUUCAGAUGGAAAGAACUUGAAAUCGGAAAGUUGGCAAUGGGAUAUGGCCUUUUUCAGCUUCCGUCGAUGCCCGAAGUGAAAAAUCACAAACUUUCCAUCGACGGGUUUACACCGGCAGAAGGCAUCAACUUUGAGGCCAUAAAAUACAAGGAUAAAUCUAGGGAAAAGCAAAGAAAGAAGAACCUGCAAGCAAAGAAAGAAAAACAAGAACAACAAAAGCCAGAGAAGGCCAAGAAAACCUCAAACAAGGCUGCUAACAACGACUCAGCCGCCGUGAGAAAAUUAACGGCUAAGCAGCGACGAACAAUCCAAAAUGUUGAAGACGAGGAAGAGAUGGCCCGAGACUACCGGUUACUGAAAAAGCUGAAGAAAGGUGCCAUCAAAGAAGACGAAUUUGAUAAGCUAUUAGGAACUGACGAUUUAGUUUGAGGGGAAGAAAAGAAAGAAAAGAAAAACCUCAGACACAGCAUGAUCGGAGAACAGGCAUUUCCAUUGUUUGAAUCCAAGUGUAGUAGUAUUUAUAAGAUAAGGCAUCUCUCUUAU